AGUGCGUUCUGUAUAACACUUUGCCAUUGUCCCUCAUUCUGUUUGUGCGGGCCAGCUUAAUAAUAGUUUUAGCAAUAAUUCAGUUGUCAAGCAAACUUUCUCAAUUAUUGUCAGUGUGUCAACGGAGUUUGAAGAGACGAAGAGACAUUGUCAAACUUAUCGUCUUAUAAGUUUGUUCACCGGCAACGUCUCAACAUAUCUUGGCAUGGGGUUACAGUGCUGGGAUUUUUCAUAAGUUUACAUUGUGGAGCAAACAGCGUAGAAAGGACACUAACACGACAUAUUAAUCAUCUGCCCUCUUUAUGAAACGAAGUCAUAAACCGUGAAGAACAACAUAAACAAUGUGGAAUUCACUUCUGUGGACAACAUUACUCGUGCUGAUUACCCAGUGCUGUUCGCAGUCGUUUCAGUGGUCUGCUUACCGGAGAGAUAAGUGGGGUCCCUGGAGUGACUGGUCUCCUUGUACUCGUUCAUGUGGCGGAGGCACUACAUUCAGGACAAGGAAAUGUUUAGCCACCUCCAGAAGUGGCAGUCUUCCUAAAUAUAUACUGAGGGUGUACAAGCAGUAUGGCGAAAACAGAGGAAGAUGUCUGGGAAAAGAUAUUCAGUACAACACUUGUAAUAUGCAGGUGUGUUUCCAGGCUCCUGUGGUGACGCGGCAAAGAGCUAUCGAUGCUCGAGCCGCACAAUGCAGAAAGUUUGAUAAUAAUUCCUUCAACGGUUACUUCUUUACUUGGGUCCCAUACCUCAAAGUGAAGGAUCGUGAUGAAUGUGAGCUUAACUGUUUGGCUAAAGGACACAAGUUUUUCCUUCGUCUUUCGCCUAAAGUCGAAGACGGAACCUCUUGCCUCAGCGAUCUGGAGAAAGUCUGCAUUGAUGGAAAAUGCAAGGAUCUACCUUCAGAAUGCAAAGAAGGUGGAUGCUUUAGCACGAAGCCAUCUGAAGCACGAAAGGAAAGACGGUCCGGAAUUUUCACAUCCGGAGAUGUAUCUCGAGGGCAACUCAUUCUAGGUUACAAUCCGGUCAUUACAAUCCCAGCUGGUGCUACUAAUGUAAAUAUCACCGAAAUCCGCAGAAGCAAAAAUUAUCUGGCUCUCAAGUCGCACGAUUCGAACAAGUAUUACAUCAAUGGAAACUGGGUCAUUGAUUUGCCGAAAGGUUAUGACGUGGCGGGUACAACCUUUUAUUACACCAGGCCUCGCAGAAACAAAGCAGGCCACGAGGCUUUCAUUGCUACUGGUCCAACUGAUGAAGAUCUUGACGUUAUGCUGCUUUAUCAAGACGACGAGCCAAGGAUCAUGUACUCGUACUUUCUUCCCAAAGAUUAUCUUAAUAAAAAUCAGGCACAGCAACCUGCUGAACCAGCUGGCUUCGGACAGAGAGGUGUUCAAGUACAGCCUACCCAAUCAGUAACUAAUGGAAACUUGUACGUUUGGAAACUAACAGGGUUUACACAGUGUACCCACUCGUGUGCUGGAGGCCUCCAAGAGACGGUGUAUCAAUGUUCCUCAUUAACUGAUAACUCAGCUGUUGAACAGUCAGCAUGUCAGUGGAACCAAAAACCACAGCAAAGACAAAGAAUUUGUAACCUGCAACCUUGCCCUCCAAGAUGGGAGCCGAGUCAAUGGGGUUUGUGCUCCAAGACAUGUGGGCCUGGCUUGCAGAUCAGAAGUCUAUUGUGUAAACAGUUGGUAGAUAGUAACGGUGCGCGGAAGGACCAGAUGUUACCCAUAAGUUACUGUCCCCAGUGGCAGAGGCCCAACCCGAGCCAGAAAUGUAAUUUGAGGCCUUGCCCUCUUCCAGCAAACUGGACUGUUGGAGAGUGGAGCAAGUGUUCUGUUACAUGUGAAAGAGGACUCAAACAGAGGAUUGUUACAUGCACAGACAUCAAGAAUACGUCUGUCAAUGAGAGCUUUUGUGGACAUCGCUCAAAGCCAGCCAUAACGAAGUCGUGCUUCGCGGGUUCUUGCAAAACUGAAUGGUUUACAAGCCACAAGUGGUCACAGUGCUCAGUGCCUUGUGGUAGAGGAGAGAAAAGUCGACUUGUAUUCUGUGGGAGAAAAGGAGGUGACGCCCUCCUGUCCGGUCAGUGCCCUCAGGCUCAAAAACCAAGCUCGAGCAGAGCUUGUAACAAUGGGAAAUGUCAGGCAACCUGGGUUACAUCAGAGUGGAGCAAGUGCUCAGUUGAAUGUGGAACCGGGACCCAAUCACGCGUUGUCUUCUGUGCUGGUAUGGUUGGAGAUAUGCAUAGACAGUUUCCAGACCACGCUUGUCUUCUAAACCCCAAACCAGCAACACUUCAAUCAUGUGGAAACGACUCAUGUGCUCCAGAAUGGUACACUUCAAAAUGGGGCAAGUGCUCCAGGUCAUGUGGUGGAGGUAACCAAGUCAGAGAUGUUAUGUGUCUUGAUCACAAAGGUCAAACAUCUAAAGAAUGCCAAUCACGGCACAAGCCUUAUCAUUAUCAGCGCUGUAAUAACUUCGCAUGUCCUACAUCAGCUUCACAAGCGAGACGAAAACCACACUGUAAAGACUCUUACAGCGGAACUGUGUGCAUGUAUGUUACACAAGCCAACUUCUGCCAGUUUUCACAUUACCGCAGGAUGUGUUGUAACAGUUGUGCAAAAAGGCACUAACUUCGCGCAAACACAUCCCUAUUUCACGUGAUUGGUGAAUGAGACGUCAGCCAAAUGACUUUGGGAGAAGAUCAAUGAAAUUACAUAGGAUAUAAAUGAGAAAAAGAAGGAAAUAAUCGCUGAAAUCAUUGUAACUUUGUUCAUUAUAUACCCAAUAACAUAGUCUACAAUACUGCUGCGCGUUUAGACCAAUCACUGGAUACAGUCCAACGCAUCAGGUAGUCACAAAGCUACGUGGAAAAGACAGAUUUGCUCCUGGGCGCAUAUCACUACAGGAAAAAGAAGUUCAGGAAAAUAUUUAUCAUAAGUACAAAAGGGUCUAGUCUGAGAUAGUUUUAUUACACAGCUCUAAAGCUCUAUGGAGAUACUUUACACAAAACUCCCUAAAAGGUUUGUGUAUCCUCAGCCAAAAAACUUGGCAGUGAAGAGAUCCAUGCCAUAGAGCAAAAGCACAGUAAUUGUAUCUGCUUCACAAUAAAAGUCAAUGUCCUGCCUACGUAAUUCAGAGACUGGUUCUGUUUUAUGGUACAAUUGACAGUGUGAAGGCACAAAUUUUUUUAUGGUAUCUUCUCUCUACCACUGGUAACCAGAGCUGAUUAAAGCCUAUAAACUGAAGCAGAUUUCUUUAAUUACACUAAACCCAAACCAAACUGUCUUCAAUCGUUUCCUUACUACAAACAGGACAGAGCUGAAAACUGGUUACCAAUAUAUGAAUAUAUCUGCAUAUCACUGAGUACAGUACCCUUUGUGAUUAACUCCGAAAAGUAAAACAGAAAAUGCCGAUGAGACAAAAAGUUUUUUUUAAACUUUUCAUUUUGCAGACUGGAUUUCCACUAAAACAUUGCUUAUCAUACCUAGUAAAUACUUUUCUUAAUAACAACUCACUUUGUGCUCAGGCUAUUUAAGUGGUGCAGAGUACAUAAAAAGAGUACAAAGCAAAGUAAUGUAUGACGCAAAAAUUUUUAUUAAAUUGAAGCUACACAUAAA